CAUAAAGCAAAAGCGAAUAACAUAACUAGGUCCCACCUUUACCCUUUAGUAUAAAUACAUGCACUACCAUUUCUCCCCGAAUCCUCUCCCACUCAAAAACGUGCCACUACAGAGAGAAUCACCAACAGAAGAAAGAAGAAAACAAUACAUUCGAUUUGCUUGAAGCGAGUUGACGACUCAGUGAGUUGUUAGCGAUUUUUCCGGCGAAAAAUGGUCGGAGGCGGGCCUUCGAGCCUUGAAGAGAUUAAGAAUGAAAAUGUUGAUCUGGAGAAAAUACCUAUAGAGGAAGUGUUUGAGCAGUUAAAAUGCUCAAGAGAAGGUUUGUCGUCAGAAGAAGGAGCCAACCGUCUUCAAAUUUUUGGCCCAAACAAGCUAGAAGAGAAAUCGGAGAGCAAAUUCCUGAAGUUUCUUGGCUUUAUGUGGAACCCAUUAUCAUGGGUUAUGGAAGCAGCUGCUUUAAUGGCUAUUGUCUUGGCAAAUGGUGAUCAUAGGCCUCCAGACUGGCAGGAUUUUGUCGGUAUUAUGGUACUGCUAGUGAUUAACUCUACAAUCAGUUUCAUAGAAGAAAACAAUGCUGGCAAUGCAGCAGCAGCACUUAUGGCUAACCUUGCUCCUAAAACCAAGAUUCUUCGAGAUGGGCGAUGGAGUGAACAAGAGGCGCAAAUACUAGUCCCAGGAGAUGUGAUUAGCAUCAAAUUAGGAGACAUAGUCCCUGCUGAUGCUCGUCUUCUUGAGGGAGAUCCUCUGAAGAUUGAUCAAUCUGCUCUCACUGGAGAAUCUCUGCCAGUCACUAAAAAUCCUGGGGAAGAGGUAUUUUCUGGUUCAACUUGUAAACAAGGUGAGCUAGAGGCAGUUGUAAUAGCUACUGGUGUUCACACCUUCUUUGGUAAGGCUGCACACCUUGUUGACAGCACUAAUCAGGUUGGGCACUUUCAGAAGGUGCUAACAUCCAUCGGUAACUUCUGUAUUUGUUCAAUUGCUGUGGGAAUGCUGAUUGAGGUUGUAGUAAUGUACCCCAUUCAGCAUCGUAAGUACCGGGAUGGAAUUGACAAUUUAUUGGUUCUCUUGAUUGGUGGGAUACCGAUCGCUAUGCCAACUGUCUUGUCUGUCACUAUGGCCAUUGGCUCGCACAAGCUGUCUGAACAGGGUGCCAUCACGAAGAGAAUGACAGCCAUCGAAGAAAUGGCAGGCAUGGACGUACUCUGCAGUGACAAGACAGGGACAUUGACAUUGAACAAGCUCUCUGUGGACAAAAAACUUGUUGAAGUCUUUGCAAAGGGAGUGGAGAAAGAUUAUGUCAUACUGCUUGCAGCUCGGGCCUCAAGGGUUGAAAAUCAGGAUGCAAUUGAUGCUGCCAUGGUAGGGAUGCUUGCAGAUCCAAAGGAGGCACGAGCUGGAAUACGAGAGGUCCAUUUUUUUCCAUUUAACCCUGUGGAUAAGAGGACUGCUUUGACAUACAUUGAUGCAAAUGGAGAUUGGCAUCGAGCAAGCAAAGGUGCUCCUGAACAGAUUCUUGCACUCUGUGGCUGCAAGGCGGAUGUCAAGAAAAAGGUUCAUGAUGUUAUUGACAAUUACGCAGGACGUGGGCUGAGAUCCCUAGCUGUUGCAAGACAGGAAGUACCAGAGAAAACAAAAGAAAGUCCAGGAGGUCCAUGGCAGUUUGUUGGUUUAUUGCCCUUAUUUGAUCCCCCCAGACAUGACAGUGCUGAGACGAUUACAAGAGCUCUAAAUCUCGGUGUGAAUGUAAAGAUGAUAACAGGUGAUCAGCUUGCCAUUGCCAAGGAGACUGGGAGACGACUUGGAAUGGGGACCAAUAUGUACCCCUCAUCUACAUUGCUUGGACAAGAUAAGGAAUCAAAUGUCACAGGUGUCCCUGUUGAUGAGUUGAUUGAGAAGGCUGAUGGAUUUGCUGGGGUUUUCCCUGAGCACAAAUAUGAAAUCGUGAAGAGAUUGCAAGAUAAAAAACAUAUCUGUGGUAUGACGGGUGAUGGUGUCAACGAUGCGCCUGCUCUGAAAAAGGCAGAUAUUGGAAUUGCGGUUGCUGAUGCUACUGAUGCUGCAAGAAGUGCUUCUGAUAUUGUCCUAACAGAACCUGGACUGAGUGUUAUCAUCAGUGCUGUGCUCACCAGCAGGGCUAUCUUCCAGAGGAUGAAAAAUUACACGAUCUAUGCAGUGUCAAUCACCAUUCGUAUUGUGUUUGGCUUUAUGUUCAUUGCUCUGAUUUGGAAAUUCGACUUCUCCCCUUUUAUGGUUCUAAUCAUUGCAAUUCUUAAUGAUGGAACAAUUAUGACAAUUUCAAAGGAUAGAGUAAAGCCAUCCCCCCUACCAGAUAGCUGGAAGUUAAAAGAGAUUUUUGCCACUGGUGUCGUUUUGGGUGGUUACCAGGCGCUAAUGACAGUAGUGUUCUUCUGGCUCAUGUCAGACACUAGCUUCUUCGAGAACCACUUUCAUGUAAAGCAACUGACUCAUGGUCAGAUGAUGGCAGCCUUAUACCUGCAAGUUAGUGUUAUUAGCCAGGCCCUCAUUUUUGUCACACGAUCUCGAAGCUGGUCGUAUGUCGAACGUCCAGGGUGGCUGUUGGGUGUCGCUUUCUUGGUUGCUCAGCUGAUUGCGACUCUCAUAGCUGUCUAUGCCAAUUUUCGCUUUGCAAGGAUCGAAGCCAUGGGAUGGGGAUGGGCUCUUGUUGUAUGGGUUUACAGCCUGGUCACUUACAUACCCCUUGAUGUUCUGAAAUUCAUCAUUCGCUAUGUGCUGAGUGGAAGGGCUUGGAACAACCUCCUGGACAAUAAGACUGCUUUUACCACUAAGAAGGACUACGGAAGAGAAGAGAGAGAAGCACAGUGGGCGACUGAACAAAGAAGCCUGCACGGUCUUCAACCUGCAGUUACCACCACCAUUUUCAAUGAGAGCAGCAACUACAGGGAACUCUCUGAGAUUGCUGAGCAAGCAAAGAGGAGAGCUGAAGUUUCUAGGCUGAGGGAGUUGCACACUUUGAAAGGCCACGUUGAGUCUGUUGUGAAACUUAAAGGAUUAGAUAUCGACACCAUUCAGCAACAUUACACCGUGUAGAUCAGAAGGCUGCAAAGAGUGGAGAGAGGAUCAUGCGCGCAGUUUGUUGCUAGACUUCACUGACACAGAAGAUGACUAGGUAGAAGUACGCCGUCCUUACAAGUCAAGGACACUUUUGAAUUUCCUAAGCAUUUUAUGAGUCUGUUUGAUAAUGAAUCUUUUGUUUCUUCCUCCACACCUUCAAGAACAGCACAAACUUAAGGCUAAUUUGAAUUAGAUUUAGCAGCAAGAGCUUCUGCUUUUUCUGUGCUGUCUUUUGCCUCCUUGGCAAUUUUGUAUACAUGAUGCAAUAAGCACUUUUUUGUACUUUUGAUGAUGAUGAUGAUUAGCUUACAUAUUUUUAUUUCA